AUGACGCGCGUGUUUCUCGCGCUGGGGAGCAGCCGCGAAGAACACGGGCGGCGACGGUGCGUGAACAUGCGUGCGGGGCUGAUGGCUCGGUGCGGGUGCUGGCGAUCGUCACUAGGGACAGGCACCGGCAUCUGGCUGCAUGUAGCUGCGGGCACUUGCUCGCGACUGCGUACGACUGGGCGCUGGUGGACACUGACGAUGAUGGGCGGUGAUGGACAACGGGAGAAAGCGGCUCUGAGAAAAGCAUUAGCCAGCGAGCGAAAGGUUGAAGGCCGUCGGAUCACAACCAGGUUGGAGAAUUUUGAGCCACUCAUCUCCAUCUUCAUGGCCGUUGUUCAUGUUGCUAACUCGAGCUCCCGCCAGAGCUUCCUGCCGAUUUCCAACGCAUCCUCGGCGGCCUACGAAAUCCCGAUGUUGGGGCUCGAAUUCGCUAUACCGACGGUGAGAUUCAACAGGGAGAGCGACGAUUGGAGGUUCGAGAGGUUAAAUAUAGGUACAAGUUAG